CACAUUUUUCACAUCGAACCAAAAAACAAGAGUAAAAAUGGCUUCGAUACGGUAUUUGGUCCUCGUGGCACUUUUAAGCUUCGCAACAAUGGCGAAUGCAGCGAGAGCAGUAAGGCCGACGAACAUGCAGGGCAUGAUUGCCGAGGAGAAUGCCAAAUGUGAGAGUGGUGAAGAUUCGAUGGCUUGCAUUAAAGUGCGCGCCAUGCGUUUUCUCGACACAGUGAUCAAUAAUGAUAACUACAAAUUCGGCGAUGUGGAGGUUCGUUCAAAUGGCUAUCAGCCCGCAGCCGCUGAUGCUAAUAGCGCCCGCUCCAAUGACGAUGAACGCGAUUUAUUCGAUGAUGUUGCCGAUUAUUUGCAGGGACACGAUGUUACCAUGGACUUGCCUCUGGGUGAUGCCAAGGUCACCGUCUCUUCACGCAAUUUGGCCAACGAUGAGUUGAGCCUUAAUGUGAAAUUGGCCGGUGAUGGUGUGGUUGAGGGCAAGGGUAAGAAGGGCAACUUCUUCAAGAAGGGCAAGAAACAUCGUUUGCGCAAAAUGAUUAUGCCAUUGAUGGUGUUGAUCCUGCUGAAAGCGAUGACUGUCAUCCCCAUGGCCAUUGGUAUACUGAAGAUUAAGGCAUUCAAUGCUUUGGCGUUGGGCUUCUUCUCGUUCAUUGUGUCGGUUGGUUUGGCCAUUUUCCAAUUGUGCAAGAAGAUCGCCGCUGAACACCAUUCUGCGCACAUCACCGCCCAUGGCCCUUGGGAUGGCCGAUCUGUGGGUGUGUCUGCUGCCGUUGUCGAACCUGCAUACGAACAAAACGUGAACGCACAAGAUUUGGCCUACAACGCUUAUGCCUAGAAAGUAGCUGGUAGCUACUUUUAAGUAAAAACGCGUACAUAUACAUAUGUACACAUGUAACGGAAGAAGCUGAAAGCAGAGAAAAAUGUCUAAACCAAAAAUAGCUAAACAAAUAUACGUAUGUUAAAAAUCCCUAAGAGCAAAGCAGCGAAGAUGAAAAGAUAAAGCGAGCAUCAACCCUCAGCGACGUAAUCAGCAGAAAAAGUCAGCGCAUGCAAAAGUUUGUGUCAAAAAGGACACUUGAAAAGGAGCGAACUGGAAACUAUACAGAAUGCAGCAGUAAUUUUUGAGGCCGAAUUUUCAAGUUUUUCAUGUUAAUUGUUAUCUGAAAAAUAGCUGUAAUUUCGAUUGCUAUCACUGCCACUAGCUGUGGACGACACCGGGGCGUAUGAGUGUUCUCGCUGGGGGGAAAAUCGCAAAACGCCUAAUUACAACUAAAGGCAUGCAAAAACAAAUACGAAGAAAAAACAAAAACAAACAACAGCUAGCCACAAACAACUACAACUUCUACCACUUAAGCAUAAUUUUGUUAAUUGUUAGUAAUUUAUUUAUUUAUUUAUACCAUUAUUUAUCGGAAAAUAUAUGAAAGGAGAACAUCUUUUUUAUGUUGCUAAAAGCGAAGAAAAUUGUAAAACAAAGCCAAGAAAAGCAAAUGCAAAAU